UCUUACCCACUGGCCGUCCGCAACCCCUAUCUCUCCGCCUGGCUUCCAGGAAACACCGCCAGUAACGCUCCUACAGCCGAGCCUGAAUUCUGGUAUGGACAGAUAUUAUACUGGCCUGUGUUCGCCCGCGUUGCUGGCACCACAUACUACCUCUUCAGCGAGGUGAACGGCGUGUCCAACGCAAAGGCAGCAACCCAGACGGCAAUCGAGUUCACCUCGACGCAUACCAUCAUCACCUACACCGCCGGAUCCGCCACCGUCAUUCUUGACUUCUUCUCGCCCGUGUCCCCAAGCAAUUACAUCCGCCAGUCUCUGCCAUACUCAUAUCUCACGGUCAACGUCACCAGCUCGACCGCACAGGAUGUCCAGAUCUUCAGCGGCAUCGACGACUCGUGGUCUGGCUUCUCGGGAUCCCUCGACGCCGUUGUGGACACGGGCUCGAAUGGCGAGACAAUCUACUGGGACCUCUCGGACCCGGGGCAGACCCUCUACGAGGAGGUCGACCAGAUGGCCGCAUGGGGCUCCGUCGUCUUUGGCAGCAAGCCCGCCACCGGCGCCACGCUGACGUACAUGUACAAUGUGCGCAGCACCGUGCAGCAGGACUUUGUGGCCAGCGGGACUCUCGACAACACGGCCACGGCGUACGGCGAGGACUACACUUUUGGCAUCAGCCAGGACUUUGGCAGCACGACGAGCGCCUCGGCCACCUUUGCUGUGGGGUAUGAUCGUGCCCACGCGCUGACGUUUCUCGGCGCCUCGUACAGCGGGUACUACAUGUCCGAGUACUCGACGCCCGCAACGGCCCUGCCUGCAUUCCUGGCCGACUAUGAGAGCGCCUACGACGAGUCUCUCACUUUUGACGCUCGGGUCGUGGCGGCUGGUAGCGAGUUCACGCCCUUCAACACGGACUACACUGAUCUUCUCGAGCAGUCUGUGCGGCAGAUCUACGGUGCCAUGGACGUGGUGAUUCCCACGAGCACGUAUGACACGGCGGACGUGCUGGUGUUUCUCAAGGAGAUCUCCAGCGAUGGGGAUGUGUCGACCAUUGAUGUGAUUCUUCCAACGUUCCCUGCGCUCUAUGUCAUCAGCCCGGACUGGAUCAAACUUCUCGUUGAGCCGUAUCUUAUCUAUCUGAAUACUGGCGACUGGCCGGAGAAGUACAUUCCGCAUGACCUGGGAGCCACAGUCUACCCACAAGCGUCAGGACACAACGACGGCGGCGGCGAGGCCAUCUACGUAGAAGCCACAGCCCCGCUGUUCACCCUGAUCUACGCCUACACCUACGCCACAGGCGCCUCAACGGCCUGGCUGGACGAGUACCGAGAGAAACUCUUCGUGGCAGGUGACUGGACGGUCGACAACGGCUUGUACCCGUCAGACCAGCUCAGCACCGUCGACGCCAUCACGGAGAGCGCCAACCAGACGGGCCUUGCCAUCUGCGCGGCCGUGGGGCUCAAGGCGCUGGGCGCCCUGUUUUCUCUGUCCAACUACACGACGUACGGCGAGAGCUUCGCCGACACCAUCUACACGACCGAGGGGAUCGGGCUGGACAGCACCUCGGCCCCGACGCACUUUACUUACAACUAUGACUUCCCAGACAGCUGGGUCACGGCGUUCCACCUGUUCCCGGACAGCCUGCUGGGGCUGUCGACGUUUCCCGAGGAGGCGCACAUCAUGCAGGCCGCGUGGUACGCUGAGCAGUAUGCCGCGCUGGCGUCCGUCAGCGGGGGCACGCUGUAUGCCGUCCCGGGCAACGGGUACUCGGUGGACUUUAUGAUCUCUGAGUGGGCCGUGUGGGUGGGCGCGACGAGCCGCAAGUAUGCCUCGAGCUAUGGGGUCGGCGAGUCGGCCGUGGACGCCAUGUUUAAGUUUAUCACCAAUGGGUUGAACCCUGUGCCUAUGCCGACCAAGUUUGUUGUGAGCGGGUCUUCGGAUCUGGGGGAGUAUGUGAACAACAAGGCGAGGAGCACGGUUGGGAGUGUGUGGUCUCUUGUGGCGUUGGACGGG